UGGGAGUUGAAGCUUCCUUUCGAAGCCGUGCGCGUUCAUUCGUGAUAACGCUUUAGAGUUUAUAUUAAAUAUAAUAUCGCGAGUGUAUUGGUUUUUACACAGAUUCACUCUGGUAGUGUUUGUGUGAGGUUUUUUUUAUAUUGUGAAAGCGGACCUUACUGGUGUAGGGGAUAAACAUGAGCGUAGAGGCGUACGGGCCGAGCUCGCAGACUCUCACCUUCCUGGACACGGAGGAAGCGGAGCUGCUUGGAGCCGACACGCAGGGCUCGGAGUUCGAGUUUACCGACUUCACCCUGCCGAGCCAGACCCAAACUCAAGGCCAAACCCAGAGUCAGCUCGACAACCAGGUGAACGGACCUGAGGGAGUUCUGCAGAACGGAGAUGAUGCUGUGGUGAAAACCAGUCAACUUCUGGCAGAGCUGAAUUUCGAAGAGGAUGAGGAGGACACCUACUACACCAAGGAUCUCCCUGUGCACGCCUGCAGUUACUGUGGGAUUCAUGAUCCUGCCUGUGUGGUGUAUUGCAACACCAGCAAGAAGUGGUUCUGUAAUGGACGUGGCAACACCUCCGGCAGCCAUAUUGUCAACCAUUUGGUGCGUGCCAAAUGUAAGGAGGUGACCCUGCAUAAAGAUGGUCCUUUGGGAGAGACUGUGCUGGAAUGUUACAACUGCGGCUGUCGCAACGUUUUCCUCCUGGGUUUCAUUCCAGCCAAGGCAGAUUCUGUCGUGGUGCUCCUGUGCAGGCAGCCAUGUGCCAGUCAGAGCAGUCUGAAGGACAUUAACUGGGACAGCUCCCAAUGGCAGCCCUUGAUCCAGGAUCGGUGCUUUCUAUCCUGGCUGGUAAAGAUCCCGUCUGAGCAGGAGCAGCUCAGGGCACGCCAGAUCACUGCUCAGCAGAUCAACAAACUGGAGGAGUUGUGGAAGGAGAAUCCAACUGCAACCCUUGAGGAUUUGGAGAAGCCUGGUGUGGACGAAGAGCCCCAGCACGUGCUGCUCCGCUAUGAAGAUGCCUACCAGUAUCAGAACAUCUUUGGCCCGUUGGUCAAACUGGAGGCAGAUUAUGACAAGAAGCUUAAAGAGUCCCAGACCCAAGACAAUAUAACUGUCAGGUGGGACUUGGGACUGAAUAAAAAGAGGAUUGCUUAUUUCACCCUUCCCAAGACGGAUUCAGGUGAUAUGCGUCUGAUGCAAGGAGAUGAGAUCUGCCUGCGCUAUAAGGGAGACUUGGCCCCUCCCUGGAAGGGGAUUGGACAUGUCAUCAAGGUCCCUGAUAACUAUGGGGAUGAGAUUGCUAUAGAACUGCGGAGCAGCGCUGGAGCUCCCGUGGAGGUGCCUCACAACUUCCAAGUGGACUUUGUCUGGAAAUCCACUUCCUUUGACCGCAUGCAGAGUGCCCUGAAAACGUUUGCGGUGGAUGAGACCUCAGUGUCUGGUUACAUCUAUCACAAGUUGCUUGGCCAUGAAGUGGAGGAUGUGAUCAUUAAGUGCCAGUUACCCAAGCGCUUCACUGCCCAGGGACUGCCUGACCUCAACCACUCACAGGUGUAUGCUGUGAAAACGGUGCUCCAGCGUCCUCUUAGUCUGAUCCAGGGGCCUCCUGGUACUGGCAAAACUGUUACCUCAGCAACUAUUGUUUACCACCUGGCCAGACAGGGCAACGGGCCGGUGCUGGUCUGUGCUCCCAGCAACAUUGCAGUGGACCAGCUGACAGAGAAGAUUCACCAAACAGGACUGAAGGUGGUGCGUCUCUGUGCCAAGAGUCGAGAGGCUAUUGACUCGCCUGUGUCCUUCUUGGCUCUGCACAACCAAAUUCGCAACAUGGACAGCAUGCCAGAACUGCAAAAACUGCAACAGCUGAAGGAUGAAACAGGAGAGCUGUCUUCCUCAGAUGAGAAGCGCUACAGGGCCUUGAAACGCACUGCAGAAAGGGAGCUACUUAUGAAUGCGGAUGUGAUUUGUUGUACUUGUGUUGGUGCGGGUGAUCCUCGUCUGGCUAAGAUGCAGUUCCGCUCCAUCUUGAUCGAUGAGAGUACCCAGGCCACUGAGCCAGAAUGCAUGGUGCCUGUAGUGCUCGGAGCCAAACAGUUGAUCCUGGUGGGUGAUCACUGCCAGCUAGGUCCAGUGGUCAUGUGUAAAAAGGCAGCGAAGGCGGGUCUGUCCCAGUCUCUUUUUGAAAGACUGGUUGUGCUGGGCAUCAGACCUAUCCGUCUACAGGUGCAGUAUCGUAUGCACCCCGCACUGAGUGCUUUCCCUUCCAAUAUCUUCUAUGAAGGCUCUCUGCAGAACGGAGUCACUGCUGCUGACCGCAUCAAGAAGGGAUUUGAUUUCCAGUGGCCGCAGCCAGAUAAGCCCAUGUUCUUCUAUGUGACACAGGGCCAGGAGGAGAUUGCCAGCUCUGGCACCUCCUACCUUAACAGGACUGAGGCUGCUAAUGUGGAGAAGAUCACCACUCGCCUUUUGAAGGCUGGAGCCAAACCUGACCAGAUUGGCAUAAUUACCCCGUACGAGGGCCAGCGCUCCUACCUGGUGCAGUACAUGCAGUUCAGCGGUUCCCUUCAUACUAAGCUUUACCAGGAGGUGGAGAUAGCUAGCGUGGAUGCAUUUCAGGGCCGUGAGAAGGACUUCAUUAUUCUGUCCUGUGUCAGGGCCAAUGAGCACCAAGGCAUCGGCUUUCUUAAUGAUCCACGCAGGCUGAAUGUGGCCCUCACAAGAGCCAGGUACGGAGUGAUCAUUGUGGGGAAUCCUAAAGCUCUGUCUAAACAGCCACUCUGGAACCACCUGCUGAACUACUACAAGGAGCAAAAGGUUCUGGUGGAGGGGCCUCUCAACAACCUGAGAGAGAGCCUCAUGCAGUUCAGCAAACCUCGGAAGCUCGUCAACACCAUCAACCCUGGAGCUCGUUUUAUGAGCACUGCCAUGUAUGAUGCCAGGGAGGCCAUGAUCCCCGGCUCGGUAUAUGACCGCAGCAAUACUGGUCGUCCGUCAAACAUGUAUUUCCAAACUCACGACCAGAUUGGGAUGAUUGGUGCAGGGCCAAACCCAAUGGCCUCUAUGAACAUUCCCAUACCCUUCAACCUGGUCAUGCCCCCCAUGCCUCCACCAGGCUACCUGGGUCAGAUGAACGGUCCCGCUGCUGGUCGCGGAGCUCCAAAGGGUAAGGCAGGUGGCCGUGGAGGGCGUCAGAGGAAUCGUGGCAUGGGCAACCAUGGCAGUGGGCAGACCAACAUGGCAAACAGCCAGGCUAGUCAGGAUCUGGUGUCUCAGCCUUUCUCUCAGGGUCCCCUGACACAGGGCUACAUUACCAUGAGCCAGCCCUCACAGAUGAGCCAGCCAGGUCUAUCCCAGCCUGAACUUUCCCAGGACAGUUACCUUGGUGAUGAGUUCAAGUCGCAGAUGGAUGUGGCUUUGUCCCAGGAUUCCACUUACCAGGGUGAACGGGCAUACCAGCAUGGAGGAGUGACCGGACUCUCUCAGUACUAGAGUGUUGUUGGAACGGGAGCUAGGCCUACGCUGAGCUUAGUUCGUCAGCAUUUUAAAUCUGGGUAAAUAUAAAAAAAGAACAAACAUGGAUGCCCGUUUUCCACUGUUACAACUGAAGCACCAUGGUGUGAGAACAACAGGAGAGAAUCAAACCAAUCACGUGUGAAAAAAGAGGGAGAAAAGCAGGAUAAGAAAAGAGGAAACGAAGGAGAGUGGAGGGAGGAAACCACCCCACCACUCGCUAAGGAUGGGAAGGAGGAGAGAGGAGCAGACGCAGCAUAGGAGGAGACGAUGUAGGAGGGAAACCAAACCGAGAUCUUCGAUCUGCAACUCCGCAUAGUCGAGGCGCCUCCUGGGGAGCAGGGCAGUCCCUUACCUGCCUCCUCUCUCUCGCCAGGCUGCAGCCGCCAGCCGCAGACCUCGCUCUGCCACCCGAGACGGAGAGAAGACGAAGUUCUCUUAAAACUACCUGCAAAAAAAAAACAAAAAAAAAAACGCCACGCUUGCUCUGUCGUCUCCAUAAGCUGAAAGAUGAGGUGACGUCUUUUUAAAAAAAAAAUUAUCAAAUAAAGAUAUUUUUUAAAAAACGCUUUCAAGCAGCUGAUUUUGGGGAAAAUCUUCCCUUCAAAGUUGGAAUCUGACUUUCAGAUAUUACCACCAAACAUCUUUGAGAGGAUGGGGAAACAUCUACAGUGGAGGGUUGUGGUUUUUAUCUCUUUUUUUUUUUGUUGUUGUUUUUGUUUUUUUUCUUCCUCUGGUGGUGGUCCCAUCUUUACAAAUGGUGCUAGAGUCUCUGAGAAAAGAUUCAACUUUGAGGAAAGUUUUUUGGUUGAAGUUUGCAAAGUAGUGGUUGAGAAAUGGAACGGUUGAGAGAGAUGUCACCUGCUCCGGUGUCUGCCAAUGAAAAAGUAGAGUCGUAACAAAUGGCUUUGUGAUACUUUUAACACAAUGGCAAAAUAGAAUUGGUUAAGAAAUUUAAAGAUUAUAAUUUUUUUUUCGUUCCCAUUUUAAACCAGGAUAAGCAGUUGCGGCAGAACCCAUAUUUUGGAAUAGGUCCUUGGCGGCUUGUUAUCUCUAUAUGGGAAGCAUGAGGUCAAAGGUCCAGAAGAAAAUGAGCUAAGAAGCCAGUGGUCAAGCCACUAUAGCAGCCCUGUUGCAUAUUAUGUGCUGACAGGAGCUUGAACCCAGUGAGAUGAUAAAUAUUCAGGGAGGGUUUAGAGAAUCAUCUCAACCUGUAUGAAGAUUAAAGCACUGCUCUUGUGUUUAGCAGCAGUUCUGACAAGAAGCAUAUGGAUUAUGGUCAGUUCCUCCAGGUUUAGUAAUGCUAGUAAACCAUUUAUGCUUCCACCUACGGCAGUGCUGCAAAGCAGAGUUUUUUAUUUUAUUUUUUUUAUUUCCCCACCUAUUUAGUUAACUUCAUAAUAAUGCACCACAUAUCAGAAUUCUUGAGUUUAAUUAUAUGAGUUCUAUUGUUAUGAGUGCAUUGAGCGAAAUACAACCCAGAAUCACAAAAGUGGCCGUUUGUUGAAAGUUAAAAGGCAGACAGGUGGGUUUCUCUCUGUGUCUGUUUUUCCCACAAGCAGACUGAAAGAGGCUGCUGUACUCGUCUCUUGCUUACUUGGAUGCCAGUGUGCGCAUAGAUGGUAGUGUUCUGCUAAGGAGGUUGUGUAUGUGCCUCCAUAUUAUUUGUCUCUCUUGUUUUGUGAUUAAUAGUUGUUUUUUUUCCUUGUUGGUUGUUGAAGUUGCUUUUCCCCUUACUUACUGUCUAUUAUUUUAACACCUACUUUGUGUAUUUCAUUUCUAUAGUCUAGAUAUAAAUGUGAGGUGUACCACAUUAUCCACUUCACUUCUAAGACUGGUUUUCAUAAAUAUCCUAGUUUUUUUUCCCCUUUCUUUCUUGCUUUCUUUUCUAAAGCUGUAAUCGUAUAAUGCUUUAAUACAGCAACAUGUGAUGCCUUGUCAUUUUCAUUAACCAUGGAAUGUCCAUGCCUUGCAAUUAUUACUUGCCUAGUGUCGCACAGCUACCUUUUUUAGUCUUUGCUUUAAACUGGAAAAGAAGACUUUCCCUCUCAGAGUUAGAAUUGUUCAUUUAAAGCAUUUUGUUGUCUGGAUUUAUAACAGAUUGCAGAAGUUUGUCAUUUCUGACAUUCACCGCUUGUGUGCAUAGUGCUUUCCUUGUUAUUUAUAGUUACUCAUUGGUAGUAUCAAAGAUUAAUGUAGACUAUACAUCCAAAAUUAAACAGGGAAUUAAAUAUCCAGAACAUAGCUUUUUCAUGUUCUCAUAAAAAAAUAUUCCUUUCCCCUGACUGAAUGAUUUGAAUGGUUUCCUUUACUUUUAUGUACUUUAUAAGCAGAUACUGCCCUUUAUCAAUAAGAAUUAUUUUACUUUUCCUCUCUUGUGUGAUAACCUAGUGCAACAACAAUCUGAUUGAUUGAGAAUGAUGAGCACUCGCUAUACAGAAGUUUUUUCAGGCGGUUUGGUAGAUGCUGUUUAUUCACUUGAAUGCUAAAACUUAAGUAUUCUGAUACGAUCAUGUCAGAAGCGCAAACUUAACCAGAUAUGAUUUAACAGCCUGUUGACAUUGCAAUCAGAAAGAAAAAAAAAUACAAAAGGAACUCGGUGACAAAUUAGAUGAAGUACUCUGACCGACCUAAGGAUAGCAAUCAAAUGGUAUAAAUGACCAUAGAUAACAUUUUCUUUAUUGGAAAUAUUUGCCCACAUUAUGUAGUCCUUGUAAUGUUACUACAAUAAAUGUUUCUUUAUUUCACUCAAAAA